UGAAGUUUGAAACGACGAAUGGUCGUGGUUGGGUUCUUAUCCAGUGUGAGGUUGAGAAAUAGAAAAAUUGAGGCGGGGAAGUUGCAGAGGGCAGCAAAAUGAAGCUGAGCUUGAUGCGAGGGUUGCACAGAGCCCCGUGUGCCACCACACUUCCUCUUCUUAACAUCCAACCCCGACUCAUUAGAUGCUCCUUUUCUUCUGGCCAUGUAUCAUUCAUCAAAGAUAUUGCUGCAACUAAGCCUCCUCAACAUCUUGAAGAGUUGCUAAAAGUCCUUCACACUAGAGGUGAAAACAUUGUUUCUCCUGGACAUAGGCAUGGGCUCAUACCCCUGGUCAUUCCUCUUUCAGAAAAUCAGUCAGGUGCUGUAACUGCAUUGCUGCGAUGGCCGACAGCUCCACCUGAAAUGGAGAUGCCAGUUGUUGAAGUUCGCAAGCAUGGAGUGUGGCUUUUAGCCAAGAAUUUGAUUAAGGAACCCAUUGCUCAAGCCCUCUUUCAGAAUAUUGAUCUUAUUUUCGCAACCCAGGUAGAACAGUAUAUUCAUCGAAUCUUGGUUGAAGAAGAUGUUCACCUCUCACAAGAAAGCAAUGGUGAAUUAUUUCAAGCUGCUUCUGAGGCUGGUAAGAAACUUUACAGAAGAGGUGAUUUUGCUGAAUCUCAGAUUAAAAGCCUUGAUAGUUACCUCUUGAAAAAGGUUGGCCUGUUUCCAGAUGUCUUAGAGCGUAAAGUGAUGCGACAUUUUGAGCAAGGGGAUCAUGUUUCAGCUAUGGUGACAGGAGAAUUCUAUACAAAAAAAGACCUCUUUCCUGGAUUUGGACGGCCGUUCGUAUUUAAUGCUGAGAUUCUGGUGAAAGUAGGGCGUGUCUCAGAAGCUAAAGAUUCUGCAAGGGUGGCUUUGAAAUCUCCAUGGUGGACUCUAGGCUGUUCAUAUCAGGAAGUUGCCUUCAUUGCACAAUGGGAGGAUGAGCAAAUUGAAUACAUAAAGGAAAAGGUGACAGAAGGGGGUAGACAAGAAGAUCUGAAAAAGGGAAAAGCACCUGUCCAGAUUUCAUUGGAUGAGGCUGCUUUUCAUCUGGAUUUAGCUUCUAUUGAAGGAACAUGGGCUGACUCUCUAGAGCGAAUUGCAGAAUGCUAUAAGGAGGCUGGACUCAGUGAAAUUGCAAGAUUUAUUUUGUAUAGAGAUUGAUUAUCAAGAGCAGAAAACAAUGGUCGGGAAAUGAACUCCAUGUCCCUGUUUCUGGGACUUCGAUUAUCAUUUUAGUCGGCUUUUCUGAUGAAAACAAGCAAUAGAGAAGCAUUCAUCUGUAAAGUUUUUCUUAGCCUUUUUAUGUAACAUUUUUGUUAGCUCUAUGUUUAGCUAAAUAAAGAAUCUGGUAUAUAAGUCAAUUUUGAGGUUACAAUCAA